AGACAAUGACGUCAUCUAGUGGCUACUCGGACAGCCAAUAGUUACUUUCCUCACUGAAGAGUGGGCAACUGCACUCUUUUUUGUCCCUCCUGCCAUUCCGUAGAGGAUCUGCACUAAAACAUGCAGGGUGAAGGGAGGAAGCGGAACAAGAAGCACUAUGUCGGCCAGCUGCACCACAAACGGUGGCGGGGCGGCAGGGAGCUGGAAGUGGGCAUGCAAGGCAUCCUCGUCACCUGCAACAAUAACCAGAAGAAGUGCACCUCCGAGGCCUAUGACCUGCUCAACGAGUACGCCGAUAAACUCUACGGCGCUGAAACGUUUCCAGGGGCCGAGGGGAGCUGCCCCGAUGAAGACGUGGACGAUGCGCUGAAGAGGGAAGUGGAGAUGCUGAGAGCGCACCCUGGUUACCAAGAGCGGCGUUUCCAGACCCUUGAGAGCGGCGCCAACAACGUCAUCUUCAUCAGAACCCACAAUCUGGAGUCAGACAAGCUGGUGCAUUACAUCCUGUCAGAUCUGCACGCCACCAAGAAGAAAAAGACGCGUCUGAUCCUUCGAAUGCUGCCGGUGAUGGGGACGUGCAGGGCCUUCAUGGACGACAUACUCAAGUACCUGUCCAACUUCCUGCAGCCCUGGUUCAAGAGGCCCAACACCGCCACCUACCAGGUGGUCUACAAGGCCCGCAACAACAACCACAGCAAGAGGGAGGACGUCAUCAAAUCUGUCGCAGGCUUGGUGGGGAAGAUGAACUCCAAGAACAGAGUGAACCUGACCAAGCCGGACCUCACCAUCAUGCUGGAGGUCAUCAAGGGAGUGUGCUGUGUCAGCGUAGCCAGAGAAUACACGGUGUACAAGAAGUACAACUUGCAGGAAGUGGUCAGAGAAGACGUCCCCAAGACGGAGGAGCCUGCGAAGGCAGGUGACAAAGCGGCAGCAGCAGGGGAGGGAAAGGAAGACGACAAAGCAGCAGGGGAGGGAAAGGAAGACGACAAAGCAGCAGGGGAGGGAAAGGAUGACAAAGUUGAAGAGAUGGAAGGGGACAAAGUAGAAGAGAAAGAAGGUGACAAAGCAGUAGAGGAGGGAAAGGAAGACGACAAAGUUGAAGAGAUGGAAGGCAACAAAGUAGAAGAGAAAGAAGGCGACAAAGCAGCAGAGGAGGGAAAGAAAGACGACAAAGUUGAAGAGAUGGAAGGCGACACAGUAAAAGUAUCCGAGGAGGAGAAGGAAAGAAAAGUGUUAGAAGAUGAAGGUGUUGAGGAGCAGAAGAUGGCAGGUAAAGGAGACGUGGAGGAAGAAGAGAAGACACAUGACCGCGAAGAUAAAGGAGAUGGAGAGUCAUCCUGUUUCACACUUCUGUAAAGUUCCCCCCAAUAAAAAGUUGCCCUUA